GCCGGGCUCCCAAGAACCGGAAAUUAAGGAUGAUCGCCGGGUCGUGCUACGUGCCGAAGAAGCGGGCCGUGUUCCCCGACGGCGACGACGCGCACUUCAUAUGCUCCGAGAAGAACACCAUUGGCGUGUCCGACGGGGUCGGGAGUUGGGUCAGGCUGGGCGUCGACCCCGGGGAGUACGCCCGGGGCCUCAUGACGGGCUGCGCCGACGAGGUCCGGAGGCAGGAGGCCGGUCACGUGGACCUCAAGUCGGUCCUCGGUGCGGCCUUCGACAGGACCUCCGUCAGGGGAUCCGCCACGGCGUGUCUAUUGACGCUGGCCGACAAUGGUCGUUUGCAGGUCGUGAACGUGGGUGACAGCGGGUUCGUGCGGUUCCGAAAGGGCGAGGGAGUUUACCGGUCGCCGGUCCAAGAAUACGGUUUCAAUCGUCCGAAUCAGCUCGGAAGAAGUACGGCGGCGGGGCUCUACGGUACGCCGAGCUCAGCCCAGAGCUACGAAGUGGAAGCACGCGAGGGGGACAUCAUCGUCGCCGGGACGGACGGGCUGUUCGACAACCUGUUCGCGGAUCAAAUCAAGGACGUGGCCGAAGCCGGGAUCAGAGGAGGCAAGGAUCUCGGGGACAUCGCAUCUUCGUUAGCCGCCCGAGCGCACGCCAAUUCCCUCGACAAGACCGCGAGGACGCCCUUCUCCGAAAGCCUGGAGAAGUACUGUGGCGAGGAGCGCCGCCGCGGGGGCAAGCCCGACGACAUCACCGUCGUGGUCGCUCGCAUCGUACGGGAUAAGAAAGAGAGAUCUAUCCAUCUGUUCUGGACGUAAGCGUUGAAGAUAUCUUUCUUGCGAAGGCGAAACAGUUUGUGGAUUUUGCUUUGAUUCUUUUGGGGCAAC